AUGGAAGCAGUCAAGAAACAGAAGUUAGGCAGAUUCAGCAUUACUUCUCUGUCUCUUCAGCUAGCAACUAAGUUUCUAGGCUCAGUGUUCUUCUUGUCUGUUAUACUACUUUCUUCUUCACUGCUCCCUUCUAUAUUAAACUCCAUGCAGCUGUUUGGCUGCAAGUUGGGGAAGAACUGCAUGUUCCUUCUUUGCAAUGGGAUCCUUGUUUUAAUUGUCAAGAAUUCUGGUCUAGUUGUGCCUAAUUGUCAUCAUCAAGAUAUUAACCUUACAAAGAAUGGAAGAAACCAACAGAAAGAACUUGAAUUGCCAGAGGUGAAAACAGAGGUUGCAAAGGAAAAAGUGGUCAAGGUAGUUAAAGAAGUUCAAGGAAUUGAAGACAAGUCUUUAGUUAUGAUCGCACAAGAUGUAGAUAUUGAAAAUCAAAGGCCUACCAUCAUUCAGGAAAAUGAAGAAGAAGAAGAAUUUGAAUUGCUGAGUACAGAGGAAUUGAACAAGAAAUGUGAUGAUUUCAUUAGAGAGAUGAGAAAGCAACUUAUAUUGGUUCAGUCUUAUUAUUAG